AUGACUUUCUACCUCGUCACCUUCUGCUGCGCCUUCGCCGCGCUGGGAUCAUUCCUGUUCGGCUAUGAUUCGGGCGUGAUCUCUUCUAGUAUCGAGCAGGAGGCCUUUCUGCGCCGGUUCGGGUCUCCUGCUUUGUCUGAUGCCGUCGCCGGGGGCAUUAUUUCCUCGUAUACCGGAGGCGCAAUCGUGGGCUCGAUGCUCGCGUCAUAUGUCUCGGACUACUAUGGCCGCCGAAUGGUCCUCUUUAUCGGUGGUCUGCUUGCCACUCUGGGUGCUGGCCUCCAGGGAGGCGCAGUUAGUAUCGCCAUGCUUAUCGCCGGUCGAUGCAUCGCGGGUCUGGCAAUUGGGCAGAUGUCUGCCAUUAUCCCCGUUUAUUGUAGCGAGGUUGCCCCGCCACAGAUUCGGGGAAUGCUGGCUAGUAUGCAACAAUGGAUGCUUGGCUUAGGUUUCCUGGUUGCUCGAUGGGUGGGAUACGGGUGUACUCUCCGAGGUGGAGCCUUCUCCUGGCGUUUUCCACUCUCCUUUCCAGUCAUACCAGCAAUAAUUCUCAUCUGUGGCAUCUGGUUCCUUCCCGAAUCGCCAAGAUGGCUCAUCGAAAAGGGUAGAGAGGGGGAAGGUCGCUCAGUCCUCGCCCGACUCCACCUCAACCGAAACGCAACCAACAACCAGCUACUCGAACACGAGCUCUUCCAAAUCCAAGAGAGCCUAGCAUCCGAGAAGCACUUCGCCGUAAGGUCCUGGCGCCACCUUCUCCUCUCCCCACGGUGGCAAUGCCGAAUCCUCCUAGCCUGCGGCUUGCAAGUAUUCACCCAGUGCUCAGGCACAAACGUAAUCUCAAACUACAGCCCGCGCCUCUUCCAAACGCUCGGCCUCACAAAAUCAACAUCCCUAAUGGUAAUCGGACUCUGGAGCGCGCUGGCGCAGCUCUGGAACACGCUCUUCAUGCUAUUCGUCGACAAAGUCGGGCGCCGGAAAAUGCUCAUCCCAUCCCUUUUCGGCAUGGGCGCAGCCCUAUGCAUCGAAGCCACACUCGCGCUGUACAUCGAUUUCAACGACCCCAACGCCAACCCACAUGCCCUGCGCGCUGCCAUCGCCAUGUUCUUCGUCUUCUCGUUCUUCUUCACGGCUCUAGGCAUGAUCUCCUGGAUCUACCAGUCCGAGGUCUUCCCCACGCCUAUCCGUGCGCGCGGCUCGUCGAUGGCGACCGCUGCGAACUGGAGUGUUAGUCUUGUCUUCGCGCGGUGCUCGCCUAUCGCACUGACGAAUAUCGGGUCUAAUUAUUUCUACUGCUUUGUCGCGUUUAAUUGGGCGGCGAUGGUACUUGUUUGGGCCUUUUAUCCGGAGACUGCGGGUUGUUCUCUUGAGGAGGUCGAGGAUGUUUUCACGGCAAAGUUUGUUGAGGAGCAGUCGGAGCGCUCUUUUGUUGACGAGAAGACGCCGGUGGCUAUUACGCCGCGCUCGCAGAUUCGGCGCCAAGGACUGCAUCCGCUGUCGAUGAAUCCUACUUAUGAGCAUCCUACUUAUGACACUGCUAGUAUCGGUAGCAGUCACAGUGGGUCUGGGAAUGAUAUUGAAACUAAGGCGGUUUAG